AUGACAAAUCCUUAUUUCUUACAACAACAACGACAACAACAACAAAUGGCAAUGGCUGCCGCGGCUGCAAAUGCCAACAGGAAACAACAGACCACAUCACGAUCAGGAUCGGGCUCACAACUGCAAACACAGUCUACACCACACCAACAUCAUGCUCGUAAUAAAAAUCUAAAACCUGAAGGAAACGUGCUACCGCCUAAUCGUAUUCCUUCACCUUAUAAUAUGGAUAGAGCAAGUGUACAACAACAGUAUAUGGAAAUGAUGAAAAAUAUAAUGCAGUCGAAUAAUCACUCCCAUGAUAGUCCAGUACCGCAAGAACUCCCACAUUCUGCGACGCAACAAUCAAAUACGGACCCUAGCACUACUAACAUCAGUCCCGAUGAACUUUUUACAUUGGGGAUGAUGAACCAACAUGACCUCUCGCUGCCACUAAAUUUCCCUCCUAAUGAAAAGGAUGAGAAUACAUAA